GCACGUCUAUCCUCAGGAACAUAUCAACUAUAACUAUACCUACCGUUAUAGGAGGUAGUGAUAUUUCUCCUUCGGGACCUCGCACUCUCGUCGAUCAUCUUACCACUCAUCCAUCCUGUUUCGAGGAAACGAUCUUGUUUGGGACAUAUAUCGUUAACCACCUCCCAAUAUGCGCAGUCUACUCAGUGUCCUGCUGCUGGCGGGGAGCGUACAUGCGAUAUGGCCUCUGCCGACAGAGUAUGAGCAUGGCAAGGAAGUGCUCUGGAUCACGAGAGACCAAGUGGAAGUCCGAUACAACAACAAUCAAGCCGGAUCUGUUCAAUCACCUACCACAGAUGCAGGAAAUGCGAGCAAGAUGGUUCAGAAUGCCGUCCAGAGGACAUACGAUACCUUGUUUGGCAAGAACUUUGUGCCGUGGAUGCUGCGACCCAGGCUCUCCAACUUUGAGCCCGAUGGCAGUGCCAACGCUACGUACAUUACGACCAUCACUCUGGAACAGACCGGUGCCGAUCCAGAAGACCUCGCGAAACCGAGCACCGACAUCGAUGAGUCGUACAGCUUGAAUGUGACCAGCGACGGCAAGGUCACCGUGACGGCUCCGACAUCGAUCGGUCUUCUCUGGGGCCUCACCACCUUCACCCAGCUCUUCUUCAAGCACUCCAGUGGUCGUGUCUACACCGACCUCGCACCUGUGUCCAUCACAGAUGCACCAAAGUUCAAGUGGCGCGGUCUCAACGUCGACACGUCGCGUACCUUCAAGCCACUGUCGGAUCUGUACUCCAUGAUUGACGCAUUGUCAUACAACAAGAUGAACCGGCUGCACUGGCACAUCACGGAUGCGCAGUCGUGGCCACUCGAGGUUCCCGCUCUGCCAGACCUGAUGGCCAAGGGAAUCUAUGAACCUUCGCAGAAGUACAGCACCGAAGAUGUACGAGCCGUGCAGGAGUAUGGCUCUCUCUUGGGUGUCCAAGUCGCCAUGGAAAUCGACAACCCCGGUCAUACCUCUUCAAUCUGGUUCUCCAACCCCGAGCUCAUCGCAGCCUUUAAUCAACAGCCCGAUUGGACGACCUACUGCGCGGAGCCACCUUGCGGUUCCUUGAAGCUCAACUCCACCAAAGUCUACGAUUUCUUGGAGACUCUUCUGGAUGAUCUCCUCCCGCGUCUCCAGCCGCUGACUUCCUACUUCCACUUGGGCGGAGACGAAGUUAACAAGAAUGCCUACCUUCUCGAUGACACGGUCCGCUCCAACUCGUCCUCUGUCCUCCAACCCCUCAUGCAGAAAUACAUGGAUCGCAACAUGAACCAAACCCAAGCCUACGGACUGACCCCUCUUGUCUGGGAAGAAAUGCUCCUCGAAUGGAACCUCACUCUUCCCCAAGACACCAUUGUCCAAACCUGGCAAUCCGACCAAGCCGUCGCACAAGUCACAGCAAAAGGCUAUCGCGCACUCGUAGGAAACUACAAUUACUGGUAUCUCGACUGCGGAAAAGGUCAAUGGCUCGACUUUGCACCCGCCAACGCAGCAGGCUUCUGGCCUUUUCAAGACUAUUGCUCUCCCUUCCACAACUGGAGAGUCAUGUAUUCCUACGAUCCCUUGACAGGUGUCGCAGAGAAUGCCACACAUUUAGUUUUGGGAGGCGAAACACAUAUUUGGAGUGAACAAACAGAUAGUGUCAAUCUUCAUCAAGCGGUCUGGCCCCGCACCUGCGCCGCCGCCGAAGUCCUCUGGAGCGGAGCCAAAGACGCUUCGGGUCAAAAUCGGUCACAAAUCACUGCUGCGCCUCGUUUGGCGGAAAUGCGAGAGAGAUUGGUUGCGAGAGGAAUUCGGGCCGAACCGAUUCAGAUGCCGUUUUGUACGCAGAAUGGGACGCAGUGUGUGUAUCCUUCUUGAGAAGAUAAACGGGAAGGAAAAGGAGGAAAGAGGGGGGGAAGAGAGAGAGAGAGAGAG